AAAAUGUGCCUGGCUUGAGCGCUGAGCUGCAAGGUCCUGCUUCGGCAUCCAUCGAUCGCAGUCCAAACACCAUCUUUUGCCAACUUUCGAUCGCGUCGUUGCUCCCUUGUCGCUUGGCUUCUUGCGCCUUGUUCUCGCAAUCAUCGUCCUUGUCCUCUCGAUUGCCGACUCUAGCACGAUCACAAGCCAGCGCUUUUGGUUCCGCUCAACCUACCGCGAUUCAUUACAUACCCGGAUCUUUGAAAGGAGAUUUGUUUGCGACAGCGCACCAUAGGAACAAUGGCAUCUAACCAGUUCGACGGUCAGGCUUCUACCAACUACAAGGAGGCGUUCUCGCUGUUCGACAAGCGCGGUAACGGCCGUGUCGCCCUCGACAGCUUGGGCGAUCUGCUCCGCGCUUGCGGCCAGAACCCCACGCUCGCCGAGAUCCGCGAGCUCGAGAAGAACGUUGGUGGUGACUUCGACUUCGAGACCUUCCAGCGCGUCCUCAACCGGCCAGGUGGCUUCCGUGAUCCCGGCGAACCCGAAGAGUACUGCCGCGGUUUCCAGGUGUUUGAUAAGGACAUGACGGGUUUCAUCGGCGUCGGUCAGCUCAAGUAUAUCUUGACAAACCUCGGCGAGAAGAUGACGGAUGAGGAGGUAGACGAGCUCCUCAAGGCCGUUGAUACCAGCUCUGGCCAGGUGAACUAUACCGAGCUCGUCCGGACUAUCCUUGCCAACUAGAGAAGAAAUCGAGAAGAAAUCGAUAAGAUGCGGUUCGGAAUCAUGACGAGGGAAACAAGGUUUGGAGGUCAAACAUCGCUGGGUACGGUUUAGGAGGAAUCACGGGACACAUACGCCCGAGGAGACGGCGUCACAAUACCAUCUAUUACAGGGAAAUUGCAUGUGUUACAAUAAUCCAGGCAGGCGUCGGAGUCUUGAUAAGAUAUGAAUUUGGACAUAUCAUUUACCGGGAACUGAAAGACUUUCCGGACGUGUGUCUUAAGCAACUGCGCCAGAUUGGGAUUUACGCCUGAUCUCUCUCUCAUCCCCUUCUCUUGUGUGACGGA